AUGCGCAGGAGUUGUCAAUGUGUGAACUCUGCAGUCCUUGACCACCUACGGGCAUCCUAUCGAAUUCUGUGGUUUGCUCUGCUGACGGUCAGUUUGAUUUCGAUCGUCGGCGUGCAAGCUCAAUCGCCCGCGCAGAUCGCGGCGCUAAGGAAGGAAACCGAAGAUCUCUUCUAUCAUGGAUACGAAAGUUAUAUGACAUAUGCCUUCCCCGAGGACGAAUUGCGCCCGAUAACCUGCAAACCCUUGACACGCGACCGUGACAACCCAGCCCACAUCGAAGUCAACGAUCCUCUAGGGAAUUAUUCUUUGACACUCAUCGAUAGUCUAUCUACGCUAGCGAUCCUAGCUUCCUCCCCUUCUAAUAAAAGAGACAAUAAGGCUUUGCGACUGUUCCAAAAUGGAGUCCAAGCGCUCAUUGAACAAUAUGGGGAUGGCUCUGUGGGGUCUUCGGGACAAGGCUUGAGAGCACGAGGUUUCGACCUCGAUAGUAAAGUGCAGGUAUUUGAGACUGCUAUUCGAGGCCUAGGUGGGCUCCUCAGUGCACACCUCUUCGCUGUGGGCAGUUUACCUAUUCGUGGGUAUCAUCCACCCGAAAGACAAGCAGGAUAUGCUCAGCAGUGGAAGAGAGGUCAGACCGAGAAGACUGCGGACGGUAUCAUCUGGCCCAAUGGCCUACGAUACGAUGGCCAAUUGUUGCGCCUGGCAUACGAUCUAGGAGGUCGUCUAAUCCCGGCAUUCUGGAGUCCUACUGGCAUUCCCUAUCCCAGGGUGAAUCUUCGCCAUGGCAUACCUUUCUACACGAAUUCUCCGCUCAACAACGGUUCGAGCGAAGGUCAUUGCGAUGCUCGUCAGAUGGCUCCGGAGAUCACGGAAACGUGCAGUGCUGGUGCUGGAAGUCUUGUUCUUGAAUUUACCACGUUGAGCAGACUAACAGGGGAUCCACGGUUCGAAGACCUUGCGAAACGAGCAUUCUGGGCAAUAUGGCAUCGGCGGAGUGCCAUCGAUCUCAUCGGCGCUGGUGUUGAUGCCGAGUCUGGAAAUUGGGUCUCCACGUGGACUGGAAUUGGCGCUGGCAUCGACAGCUUCUUCGAGUAUGCUCUCAAAUCUUACAUCCUCCUCUCGAGGGAGUCGCAUCCCAACUACGAGUUGUCCGAAGCAGCUGAAGAUCCAAGAAUUCUUUUCGACCCCUUACCGAUGGAAGAGGAUACUCCUCAAGCAUUUCUGAGUGCGUGGAACAUUGCCCAUUCGGCGAUAAAGAAGCAUUUAUAUCGCGGCCCAAAUUACCAGCAUCCCCAUUACGUUCAAGCGGAUCUUGUUACAGGUGCAGCUCGAGGGUUCUGGAUCGAUGCACUUUCUGCGUAUUAUCCCGGCGUUCUAGCCUUGGCUGGUCAUGUUGAGGAAGCAGUAGAAACGCAUCUACUGCACACCGCCCUAUGGACAAGAUUUUCUGCUUUGCCGGAGAGAUGGAAUCUAGUUACUGGAAGCAUCGAAGGUGGCUUAGGUUGGUGGGUUGGCCGACCAGAAUUUAUCGAGUCCACUUACUACCUGUAUCGUGCAACGGAGGACCCUUGGUAUUUUCACGUUGGCGAAAUGGUGCUUCGUGACAUUAAACGAAGGUGCUGGGCCAAGUGUGGCUGGGCGAGUAUUCAAAAUGUACUUACAGGCGAACAAACCGACAGGAUGGAAAGCUUCUUUCUUGGCGAGACUGCAAAGUAUCUCUUCCUCCUGUUCGACCCGACACAUCCUCUCAAUCGUCUUGACCAGCCUUUUGUUUUCACCACAGAAGGUCACCCACUCCUUAUACCCAGCACCGUUGACAAUGGCAAUGGCAAUUCUCGGCAAAGAUCGUGGAACCUCCCUGACGAAGAGGAGGAGAAUUGCCCGAUCAAGCCUCGCCCAGUACCGUUCAGCAUCUCAAAUAUCGCCGCUCGAGGGGACGUAUACCAUGCCGCAAACUUGGCAAGGCUUCAUCUUAUGCCGGUACGUGACAACAUCGAAUCGGCGCUCGGAGAAUACGCGGCAGAUCAUCCCAGUAUAACUUUGUCAGACCUAAGCUCGCCCUCAAACUAUACCUAUUAUCCUUGGACGCUCCCUCUCGGAAUGAUUCCCUAUAAUGCGACUAGCUCAUUGAUACCAACAAGACCGACUCUAGACAUAUCUUUCCCCACACUCAAUAACCCAGGACAGCCAGCACCGCCUCUUCAGCGUGUCAGGGAAGGCAUUUUGAUCAACUUCAUCGGUGGUUUACGCCUUGGCAUGGUUCAAGAUCUACCCGUCGCCGUGGACGAGGGCAUUGUUGAUACUUUUCGUGUUCAGACUAUCAACAAUAUCCCACUUGGGAAGGACGAAAAGGUAUUCCUGCCGCGGGACACGGGUAAGGAUACACUUAGCCUCACAGAUCCCAACUUUACUAGAGUCCGAGACCCCGUCAUGCUGGACCUGGUUGUCGAUCUCACCAAACCACUUGAUCACGACGACCAAAACCCUGACAUCAACGAUGACAUGGUGGUUUUGGAGAUGCCAGAUCUUGGUGCGUCGAGCGAUGGUUCCGUUCGCAAUGCCUGGAAUGCACUAUUGGCUCAACUAUCAAGCCUCCUCAAAGACCGCGGACAACCACCAUGGCCCUUCUCGACUAGCUUAUCCUUGAAUCCUCUAGCAACGCCACGAGCAUCGGACUCGACUCCUGACGAAUCCCCACCGCGCUACCACCUUCCGGCGGUGGUACCCACCGGCCCAGGAGCUGCACCAAUACCAGACUGGCCCGAAGUCGCCACGAUCACCACCGGCGGCGCAAGGGCUCCCAAUCUCCAAUGGACAAAGAUCUACGCCACAGAUGAACUAUGCGACCACCGCCUCUCGCUGAACCUGGUGCGCAACAUCCAGGUCCUGGUCGUCAAGCGCGGCGGCUGCAACUUCAGCACGAAACUCGCCAACAUCCCGGCCUUCCGGCCUUCGCCCAGUUCGCUCCAGCUCGUCAUCUUCGUCUCGUACGGCCACUCCGACUCGUCGACUUCACACGAGGAUAUGAGCGACGAAGACGCGGCUGACGAACUACUCAGCCGCCCACUGCUUCACGAGAUGCAGCUUACACCGGCAGGACUACCGAGACAUAACCCCAUAGCAGCGGUGCUGGUCGCCGGUGGGAAGAAAGUCUACGAUGCACUGGCCCAUCGCGCCAUCGGGAUGGGUAUCAAGAGGCGGUAUCAUGUGGAAACGAGGAAUGUCAUGAUUGGGAAUUUACAUGUUGUAUAG